AUGGGCCUACUCUGCUCGCAGGACAAGGUCUCUCGAUUUGUGGAGUUCUUCCAGAACGUGUUCGGAGAAGUCGAUAUCGUCGUCGAUGAGGCCGAGAGCGUCGUGAAGUGUUGGUGGGGGCACGGUGACCGCGCCAUCAACACAACAGUGGAUUACCUGGAGCAUGGCAUCCGAGUCUGCCGGGAAGGGCCGUGGCAGCCGGCUAGCUUUUCGCUGAUGCAAGUGAGGAUCCCCACGCGCCCCGCAGAGAGCGGGACGUCGCGCCUGGUGCUCUCGGCCGGUGUGCCGCAUCCAUCGGACAAGCGGCUGAGGGAGCUGUCUGCCGUCUACGGCAUCGUGGCUGCUAACGUCAAGGCGGCCAGUGACAGGGUUAAGGUGGCGCAGCUGUGGGGGCUCCACGACAAUGUCCAGGCCGCCCUGGAUCGCCUGGUUGUCGGGCCAGACAAGAAUGCAGACCAGGAAAAGAUAUCUCUGCGGCUCGGACAACGUAACCUGGAACAGCUCGCGAGCACCGGAUGGAUCCGCACGCUAGAAAGGCGACGGGCAAAGGUGGAGCUAUACCAGCAGAGAGGAACCAUCCGUGUUACGCGCCUACACAUCAUCGCGGCCUCUCUAGUUGAGGCGCUCCCCCGAUCCGUCCAGCUGGUGGACAUGGUCGACGCGGCUGUCAUGCGCAACGUGGCAGCGCGUGCCAACCUUGAAGCUUUCGCUCGAGCGGGAGGGGGUGUCGCCGGGGAUAUCGAGGUCAUUCCCGUGCGGGAAUCGUGGCGCUUGCUAGUGGUAGCGCCCGGCGAAGAGAGGGUGGAGGGCACGUGCAAGGCCAUCGGUCAAGCGGCGCGGCGGUGGGCUGAUGCUCACGUCAGCGUGCCCCUCAAUCCGCAGAUGUACGUGAAGCAGCUACACAAAAGUCGCUGGCAACGUGGAGUUGAGAAGGACUCCAAGCCACCGAUCAUUGCCGAUCUGUCGCGGGCAGUCUCGAAGCAUGGCGUCGAUCUGUGGCUUGACGCCUUCUGCCUGAGGGGGCACGUCGGGGAGAUCGCUGUCAAGAAGGCUGUCGAGGCAGUUCUCCGAACCAAGCUCAAGAAAAACUAUCCUGGCCUUCUGGCCAAACGCCGCGUACCCGAUGCGCCGAGCUCGACCGUCGACGGCGCCGGACCUCCUGAUCUCGCCCCUCCCAAGAGUCGAGCAAACGCAUGGGACUCGGGCAGCUUCAGUAGCUCCGGAACAGCAAGCUUUCCCUCUCGCAACACCACCGGAGCUCCGGCUGGGGCGGCAGCCGGAUCGAAAACGUCGGGGCAGUCGUCGGCAGCGUCCCCGGCUAGAGCAAGGCAGGCGGCUGGUACUGCCGGACACGUGGGUGUUGGUGGCGGUAGCUGCGGCGACGGUGUUGGUGCUUUUCCGGCGUUCUCGUUCGGGACGACAGCCUCUGGGCCGCCGGCGAGGGCAUGGGACAUGGAGACCUUCGCUACUGCCGGUCAUGGGGAAGACCUGGACAAGGUCUCUCGAUUUGUGGAGUUCUUCCAGAACGUGUUCGGAGAAGUCGACAUCGUCGUCGAUGAGGCCGAGAGCGUCGUGAAGUGUUGGUGGGGGCGGCAGCGUUAUCACGCCAUUUACAGAAUAGCGAAUUACCUGGAGCAUGGCAUCCGAGUCUGCCGGGAAGGGCCGUGGCAGCCGGCUAGCUUUUCGCUGAUGCAAGCGAGGAUCCCCACGCACCCCGCAGAGAGCGGAACGUCGCGCCUGGUGCUCUCGGCUGGUGUGCCGCAUCCAUCGGACAAGCGGCUGACGGAGCUGUCUGCCGUCUACGGCAUCGUGGCUGCUACCGUCCAGGCGAAUUGGCUGAAGGCCCAGCCACCGCCGCCACCGCCGCCAUCAUCAGGCGAUGGUGCCGAUAUCGGCCUCAACGGAGUGCAGAACCAAGAUGACGGCCUCCCUCAAAGCUUUGCUCCUCCUAGUGUGGAGGCGGCCAGUGACAGGGUUAAGGUGGCGCAGCUGUGGGGGCUCCACGACAGUGUCCAGGCCGCCCUGGAUCGCCUGGUUGCCGGGCCAGAGGAUCGUCUGGUUGUCGGGCCAGACAAGAAUGCAUACCGGGAACAUAUUUCUCUGCGGCUCGGACAACGUAACCUGGAACAGCUCGCGAGCACCGGAUGGGUCCGCGAGGUGGAGCGGCGAGGGGCAAAGGUGGAGCUAUACCUGCAGAGCGGAACCAUCCGUGUUACGCGCCUGCACAUCAUCGCGGCCUCUCUAGUGGAGCGGCUUCCACGAUCCGUCCAGCUGGAGUGGAACAGGUCGUGCAACGAACUGUCGAGGAUUUGCAAGGGUGUAGCGUGGCCGGGGGAUGCUCAGAAGCGCGCGUAG